UGGAACCCUCUUCUCGGCACGAUCCUCAUCCUUUUCUCCUCGGCAAUUCCCCGUUCAGAACGUCUAUCGGUACCGGGAAGAAAGAGGAAGGGCUGAUUGAGAGUUAGAUUGAGCUGCAGCCAUGCCACCUCGCAGGUUCGCCUUCGGUCGCGCGGAAGAUGCCGUUCACCCGGACACCAUGCGUGCGGCACUCUCCGAGUUCAUCGCCACGGCUCUCUUUGUCUUCGCCGCCGAAGGCUCCGUUCUCUCCCUCGGAAAGCUCUACAAGGACACCUCCACCGCCGGAGGGCUUGUGGUGGUGGCCAUAGCCCACGCUCUGGCUUUAUCUGUCGCGGUCUCCGUCGCCUUCAACAUUUCCGGCGGCCAUGUCAACCCUGCUGUCACACUCGGCGCCCUUGUCGGCGGCCGGAUCUCUCUCAUACUGGCGGUCUUCUACUGGGUGGCUCAGCUACUCGGCGCUGUCGUCGCCGCUCUCCUCCUCAGGCUGGCAACCGGUGGCAUGAGACCGCUGGGAUUCGGGGUGGCGUCGGGCGUCAGCGAGGGGCACGCAGUCCUGCUGGAGAUCGUAAUGACGUUCGGGCUCGUCUACACCGUGUACGCGACGGCGAUCGAUCCCAGGAGAGGCCAUCUCGGCAUCAUCGCGCCUCUCGCCAUCGGCUUCAUCCUGGGCGCCAACAUCCUUGCCGGCGGGCCAUUCGACGGCGCCGCGAUGAAUCCCGCGCGGGCCUUCGGACCGGCAGUCGUCGGCUGGAGGUGGAAGAGCCACUGGGUGUACUGGGUUGGCCCCUUGGUAGGAGCAGCUCUUGCAGGGCUUAUCUAUGAGUUCCUUGUGAUCCCGGCUGAGACUCCCCGCACUCACCAGCCCUUGGCUCCCGAGGACUACUAACUUCUCUAGCCCUACCUGUUUCUUCUCCUCUCACGUUCUUUGUUGUUGAGUGUUCGCUCUGUAGUACAGUAUUGUAAUCAACUGCCGAACUCUUUGAAUGGUUUAUAAUUAAAUAAAAGUUGUGGUGUCUUUAA